AUGCCGGCGCCGGAGCGGGCGCAGCGGCAGUGUCAGAUGGCCAGAUUUCCACGUCAUCACCCGCGCGGCGGAGACCGGAUGUUCACUGUGGGGGUAUUUCUUGGCCAAAAACUUGUGGAUUCAAGAGGCCGGGGGGCCCUACAAUUCCAGGGCGGUGACCGUAGUUGGGUUGAUGGUUUGUCAACUGUCAACUUGAGAGGGCGAAGUGACUUUGGACUUUGA